AAAUUCUUUCUUAAAGAAGAACACAAUCUGUUACGUGCAGAGUUGCAGAGUACAGCAGAAAUUCCAAAUGGAAAACGAUAUUUUAGAUUCUUUGGAGGACCUUGGGUAUAAUGGAGAAGUUGUAGAUGAAAACACUCUUAAUUCAGCUGUAAAGGAUGAAAGUAUAUCUCCAAAUUAUUCCCAAGUUGUUGUGUGGGUGACUCAAGAACUAAAACAAUUCUGUGGUCUGGAGGAAAAUGUUAAUGCAAUUACAACUUGUAAUCCAGAUGAUGCUCAAAAUUUUCUGUUAGAAUUAAGUGGAUUUCUUAGAGAAUAUGGUUGUCCUCACACAAUGUUUUCUGAGGGUCCUGUAAAUCAACGAUUAUCAUCUAGAAAAAAUAAAUUACAACUUUUAGAUUACUUAUUAACAGAAUUAACGGCUGUAAAAAUUUUGGCCAGUAAAAAACCGAGUGCACUCAGAAACAACACUACACAACAAGAUGAUAAACCCAAAGAAAGUGAAAUAGCUGCUGUUCUUAAGGCUUUAUUAAUUGCUUUAAACUUUCCAAAGCCUCCCGAUAACAUAACUGCUUUUCAACUCUUUAGUAAAGUUGAAGCAAAGGUGAAGGAACUUACUGCACAGAAUCCCAGUCUUUUUGGCGAACCAUUAUUAAAAGCUAGAUUAUCAGAUAAACAAUGGCAAGAUGUACUAGAAGUUAAUCAUAUUUUAACAGAAGAAUAUCGUGUACGAAGAGAAAUGUUAUUAAAGAGAGUUGAUGUCACGAUUCAGUCAUUUAAAUGGUCAGAAAAAGCAAAGAAAAAUGAGAAUAAAAUAGCUGAAGUUUAUCAACCAAUUAGACAAAAAUUAACAUCUAAAACUAAUAUAGAUGUUGCUCAAAUAUUAGCAGCAAGAGAUGAUUUAACAAGAUUACAGAAAACGAGUAGUGGUGAGGCCCGUGAAAGAACUAAAUGUGCUAUAAAUCGGGUUCUAAUUGGUAAAGUUCCAGACAGAGGUGGAAGAGCUUUUGAACUAGAACCACCACCACCAGAAAUGCCAGCUUUUAUGAAAAGAUCAGACACUCCAAGUGGAGGUCGAGGUGGCCGAGGAGGCAGUGCUGGAGGUAGAGGGGGUGGAAGAGGUGGUAGAGUUCAAGGGGGUUGGGGAGAUUCAAACUCUCAGUCACAUGGUGGAAAUUGGAAUCAAGGUGGUGCUGGAUAUCAAGGUGGGGGUGGGGGUUAUCAAGGUGGGGGUGGGGGUUAUCAAGGUGGGGGAGGAGGUUAUCAAGGUCAGGGUGGGGGUUAUCAAGGUGGGGGAGGGGGUUAUCAAGGUGGGGGUGGGGGUUAUCAAGGUGGGGGUGGGGGGUACCAGGGUGGGGGUGGAGGAGGAGGGCGUGGAGGACGAGGUGGUAGAGGUCGUGGGGGAAGAGGUGGAAGAGGUAGAGAUGGAUACUAGUGUUAUGUUUCUAAUUAUGCAGUGAAAGAAAAGACUUGAACAAAUGUGUUUGAUAAAACCUAUAACAAACUUUGGUGAAAGUUGAUGGUGAAAUGUGAAGUGCUCUGUUAGUUAGGCCAGUCCCAUGUUGUUAAAAGAUUAUUUUAUCCUAUAUUUAACAUCAGCUGAUAUGUUAAGCUGUAAACACAACAACUUAUUUUUAUUCUAGAGCAUAAUUAUGGCAUUUAAACUACUUAGUAUUCUUCCACAUAAUGAAUUAUGCAAUAAAAAAAUUCUCUCUA